AUAACAUCAUUUUUUGUUGAUUUUUUUUCUUGCCAUGUUUACUUCUAUUUGUGACUGCAUUUCUUCGAAGAAAAACACCUCAAAGCAACGUAUCAUGUCAAGGUGGGUUGAAUCUGCAAAGUGUGGUACUGAUAGGGAUCCUUCGCAACCCGUGGGCCUAAACUCGCCUUUUUCCGAGGGCAAGUGCCUGCCUUUACUAAAAUUCUCUACAAGAGAAUUUACCCCAGAUUCUGACGAACCCUUGCAGGCUAACUAACUUUGGAUGAUUGAAAAAGGGUUCGUUCGUUCGCUCCAACGUUCGUAGGUUCGAACGCCUUCCCGUUUAUAGGUUCGUCAGUUCGAAGUGUCGUACGUACGCUCGUCGAUAUCUACAUUCUUACGUUCUUACGUACGUUCGAUCCUACUAAGGUCUAUUCAUUCCUUCAUUCAUUCACUUCUUUGUCCAUUAUCUUUCCACUAUGCAGUAAGCCUAUCUAAUAUUUUGCAUUUUUUAUUACCCGCAGGUUCAUUUUGUCGGCUUUGCGAGGGAAUUCCACGAUGGAUGCUUGGAAAAGCGUUGGAGUGAAUUUCUUUCUCUUUUCAGUAUUUCUGAUGCAGACACCUGUCUUAGGUAUGUGACUGGGUUGGAUGUAACACAUUUUCUGUGGCUACUAUCCGAAAUGAUUGCCUGGAUAACCUUUGAAGAGUCAACUGAGACGUUACCUUAAGAUCUCAGAUUGAUAUAUUGUAAAAUAAUGCAUAACAUCGAUAUUAUAAGUUAUAAACAAUAAUUCUCAUUCAUAUGAAUCCAUUAUGUAUUUUUGGAAGGUUCGUAUGGGAUUAAAAUGACAACUAACUAGUUGUUAUAAUAAUAACUGACAGGCGAAAUAUAACAAAGUUCAAAAUGAUAAGUAGAAAAUGCCUCAGCGGAAAACUAAGGCAAGUUUUAGACACAAGUCUGCCCCUCUUCAUCUACAUUUCAUUAUCAUAUUAAUGAUGUUAUCUCUUUAUGAUCUUUUUCUCAUACUUGCAGGCACAGCAACCACUGCGGUAUCCAGAACUCUGCUCAAUUCAUCAACUCCAUCUGCAUUAGGUGCUAUAACUAGUUGUUAUAAUAAUAAUAACUGACAGGCGAAAUAUAACAAAGUUCAAAAUGAUAAGUAGAAAAUGCCUCAGCGGAAAACUGAGGCAAGUUUUAGACACAAGUCUGCCCCUCUUCAUCGACAUUUUCAUUAUUAUAUUAAUGAUGUUAUUUCUUUAUGAUCUUUUUCUCAUACUUGCAGGCACAGCAACCACUGCGGUAUCCACAACUCUGCUCAAUUCAUCAACUCCAUCUGCAUUAGGUGCUAUAACUAGUUGUUAUAAUAAUAACUGACAGGCGAAAUAUAACAAAGUUCAAAAUGAUAAGUAGAAAAUGCCUCAGCGGAAAACUGAGGCAAGUUUUAGACACAAGUCUGCCCCUCUUCAUCGACAUUUUCAUUAUUAUAUUAAUGAUGUUAUCUCUUUAUGAUCUUUUUCUCAUACUUGCAGGCACAGCAACCACUGCGGUAUCCAGAACUCUGCUCAAUUCAUCAACUCCAUCUGCAUUAGGUGCUAUAACUAGUUGUUAUAAUAAUAACUGACAGGCGAAAUAUAACAAAGUUCAAAAUGAUAAGUAGAAAAUGCCUCAGCGGAAAACUGAGGCAAGUUUUAGACACAAGUCUGCCCCUCUUCAUCGACAUUUUCAUUAUUAUAUUAAUGAUGUUAUCUCUUUAUGAUCUUUUUCUCAUACUUGCAGGCACAGCAACCACUGCGGUAUCCACAACUCUGCUCAAUUCAUCAACUCCAUCUGCAUUAGGUGCUAUAACUAGUUGUUAUAAUAAUAACUGACAGGCGAAAUAUAACAAAGUUCAAAAUGAUAAGUAGAAAAUGCCUCAGCGGAAAACUGAGGCAAGUUUUAGACACAAGUCUGCCCCUCUUCAUCGACAUUUUCAUUAUUAUAUUAAUGAUGUUAUCUCUUUAUGAUCUUUUUCUCAUACUUGCAGGCACAGCAACCACUGCGGUAUCCACAACUGCAUCUCCGCAAAAUCCAACGACUUCAUCUGCAUUUAGUACUGCAAUGGUAGCAGCAUCAACAAGCUUAACCUCACCUCCUCUCACUACAAUAGCACCAGCAUCAGCAAGCUUCUCAGCAUCUCUUCUAUCCCCAAUAGUUGCAUCAAAAGCAUCAACCAAAGCACCAACAGCAAUGAUGACGCCAGCAACAAGUGCAGGAUCAGCAGCAGUGUACUCAGUGCACCCGUCACCUUCAAGCUCAUUCAACCUUCCACCUUCAAAAAGUUCCUUGAUUCCAAUAGGGACACCAAUGCCUCCCCGGAUCGCGUACCCUAUGAUAACGGCAGUAACCUUCAAAAUGAAUUGGGGAGACUUAUGUCCUUUGCUUACCCUGUUUAAAGAGCGUCUUUCUCACCAUCUUCUUGAGUACAAAGGCUACAAAGACACAGAGUAUUACCACGUCCCGACGGAUAGGAUAAUACUAAUCAACAGAGAUCAAAAUUGUAACGUCAAGUUGUCUUAUGACGAAGAAGCCAUUGUAGAAUUCUACAUUACUAACAACAGCACAGUGGAUCCCGUAAGAAUGGCACAAGACGAAACUAACACAAACUUGACAAGAAAGGCUUAUAAAAUUUUGUACGAUUAUUGGGUAAACCACUUAAUGGUACUUUUACAUGACGUUUUCAUAAAGCAGGUGAGUGGUUUAAGAGGCAGAACAUGUGAGCUUAGGCACAUAAUGCGAAAUUUUAUUAGCUACUUGGUACUUGAUUAUAUAUACGCGAUCUUCUACUCUCGAUUCUUGAUAAUCAAGGAUCACUUCAAUAGGAACUGCAUGUCGACUCACUUUCGAGCGGUGCUGUAAAGUUAUAUGAAACAGUGCUGCAUGUAUGUGUACAUUGACAGUCAAACUUGAUGCUCAGAGAGAGACACGUUUUCUUGUUGUGGAUGAGUUGUUAAAGGCUUGUAAUAGUAAAACUAAGCGAAAUUAACGCCUCAAAGAGUCAUAGGUAGAAAUUUACAGGGAGAAAGUACGUAACAGGUCACCUUAUCAUCGUAAGCUCUCAAAUAGUAAGUUCACUUGAAUGAAUAUUGGUGAUAAAGUCCUGUGGUUAAGCCUUACGCUGAAAUGUGGCAAGAUACUACGCAAGCUACGCAAGUAGGAUUAUUGUUUGUCCUAGUAUUUGUUCAUCGAUUUGAAGUUUGGACUUUAUUGAACAAGUAUUUAUUAUUCGAUCCUGACGUUGGCAGGUUUCACUGAGGACCAACGAACAGAACAGUAGGCAGCCAAAAGCACCAAUAACAGAUUUUGUGUAAUCGACUGGGAUUUCGAAAUCAGUUAUUGGUGCUUUAAUUUCUUGUUGUUCCUCAGUGUAACUUGCCAACGUCAUCUCGACCGAUGAAUAGUCGCACAAUGCAGUCCAAACGUCAAUCGUUGACCAAAUUCUGGGACAAACAGUAAGUAAUCCUUCCUAUCCUCCAUUUGCUACGAUGAACGAGAAUUUAUAUCCGAGAAAUAAAGACGUGAAUGCUGGGACCACAGAGAAACCGAUUCCCUAGAGAGGUAGUUAAAAGCUUACUGUCUUUCACCUUUUCUUUCUUUCCCUUUUAAGGUCACCAAAGUUGAGCUAAUUAUAGGAGGUGAACCUCAAAAGGAAGAAGGAAUGACGGAAAGAGUACACCUCGGUAUUGCUAUUGGGGUUUGUUUGGCUGUGAUUGCGUUUUUAGGCAUCCUGUAUUUGUGUAUGGUAAGUUUAUGACAUAAGUAUGAGUCUGUAACAAAGAUUAUUUGAGGCACCACAAAACGUUCAUUUUCGAUACUUUCUUAAAAAAAACAUCUAGGAAGCGUUAUCACUAACAAAAAUUUCCUUCGAUAUGUGUCAGUAGACCAGAAUGAAUAAGCUUGCAACAGUUUGUUUAAGGGAAUGAUAUCUUUUCCACGUCUCGGCAAACUCCAUCCGAUGACUUCUCAUGGUAGUACAUGGAAGAGGCCGCAACCCAGUCAGAGCAGAAUUGAGGGCAAGAAUGUCUCCCUUCUUCUGCAUCGAGUCCAUCUUUGUUACAGCUAGGUGUAUCUGUUGAUAACUUAAUUUCCAUUUCAGGUUGCGGCAGGGAAACUUUCUAUUGUUUGUGUAUUAACGACAGUGGGACUCAAAACUAAGUAUUUAAAUCACUUUGCGAAUUCAACAGAUCGGAUGCACGCAGAUAAAAAAGGCAGGUCGUCCAAAAAAAGAUGGACAAAUGGUUUUCAGCAAUGAGGUAGCCUGUAAAGAGGAAGCUGAAGGCGGGGGUUGUGACAGGACCGCUCAACAAGAAGCAGACUCAAAAGGAAAUGACGAGCCUGAAGAGGUGGUGGUGCAUAAUGAACCUCAAACUCUUGAGAAAACGCCACUCUUUUCAGCGAUCACGUAUUACGAAGGUGGUCAAAAAGUUUAUGGAGGUGAGUUCAAACGACUUUGAUCACCAUACUUACAACUUAUAUUUAUCUACAACGUUGCAGGAACCCUUGACACUAUUUUCUGAAGAGACGCUAUGUUAUAGUGAUUGGCACACUGACUCCUGAUUUUUAUUUCCCUACCACUGAAAAAAUGUUUUUAGCGCCGUCCGAUGACAUGCCUUCCGAUGACAUGCCGUCCGUGGAGGUACCGCAGGUCCAUCCAGAGCGCAGCAAUGAUUCCCAAGAAGAGCCUACCAAGCCACCAGAGGAAACAAAAGAGGAAUCAAUAAAAUCACCCGACGAACCGUCGGGACAGCCCAUUAACUCAUCACCAGAGGUAGAGUUAAUCGAAUCAUCAGAAGGAGGCAUAAAAGAGCAGAGCAAAUCCCCAGAUGCACCUGAGGUAGUUGUGGCUUUUAAUGUUGUCUGAUGUUUGGUUGUUAUGUUUCAUUCGGUUUUACGUUUUCAAGUUGCGUGUCUUGUUGACAUGUUUUAGAAGUUUGAUUUUGCGAGAUCUAUUUUAAAAUUCUUCAUUAGCUUCCUCUCUGAUAAGCUCGUCAGAAAAUCGGUAAGGACCGAAAAUGCACGUUAUAUAUGCUUACAAAAUGGCCCUCCCUUGCGUCUUUUGAUCUUCCCAGUCACACGAUGGGCCUCUCUUGCGCCUUUUGAUCUUUCCAGUCAAUAGUCUACGCUGCAACUUCGGGUAUCUUUAUAUCGACGAUUCUAAUAAUAACACCGAAUUAGGGGAUAUACAUUACAUUUCCUUCCUUUAUACUUUCUUCCAAACUUUCGUGUUGUAUACGAUUAAAAACGCCAAAUUCUAAGUUACAUAGAGGGAGGACACCUCUACCUCUCUUGUGACUAUUAUGGUGAGUCGAUAUAUCAAAAUGGCUUACUCUUAUAACAAUCAAAGAAUAUGUGUGGAAAGUAAAUGGCCAAAUUUGCGAACAGCUUAAAGGGUUUGAUGUUUUAAUUUCUGAAGAGAGGUAACAUUUCGCUAACCUGCGCAACUAAUGUAAAUUGGUAAUGUCUUGUAACACUCGUUUGGAACCACAUGCUACAGGUGUUUAUUUCCAGCUCUUUCGAUAGGUAGGUAAGGUAAAGGCUGCAUUCGAGCUUAGAGAUCUGUGUUGCAAGAGCUAAUCUCGGGCUUUAUAGCAUGUUUGUAUCCAAGUUUCGCUUGGAUAUAGGAUGCCAGUACAUCGCAGGUUCCCCCCGAGCUUUUCGUUAGCCUUUUCUGACACUUUUCUUGUACCCAUUUAUACGCCUUGGUAGAGAGCGGCACUGUUAGAGUGAAGUGUCUUAUUCAAGGAAAUAACACAAUGACCCGGCUACGAUUCGAAGCCGGACCUCUCGAUCCAGACUUCAGCAUGUUCACCGUUGACCCACUAUGUCUCCUGCUCUUUAGAUUACUCCAGGGGAAUCUCCCAAGGAGACCAAAACUGAAUCCCUGCCAGCCGAAAAUCCAACUGAGCCGGCAAAAGAAGAGGACGACAAACCGGACAAACCGGCUUCAGGAGAAGACGACGAAGAAAACAAACCUGACUUUGGCCAAUCAGAUCAUAAAGAUGAAGAUCCCACCCAGGGUGCUAUUAAUUUGGCCUAUGAAGGAACGGAUAAGGAGCCUGAUAACAAGAAAGAGAAAGACGAGGUAAAUAAAGAAAAACAUCUAAACAUCAGGUUGCUUUAUUGGCUUUAGAUAAAAGUGCAGAUAUUUUGCCAGCAGUGAACCAUUUUGUUGCCGUAUCCUAGAGAUAAACGUUUGUGCUAUCUGUCAUCCGUCUUUCUCGUUAAAGGCUUCUUCACUUAUAGCAUAUAUUUAUCUAUAUCCUCCGUUUUGUCUUAAAAAUAUCAGCUUCUUCAGAAUAAAAAGUUUACGGACUCUAAUUUUAGAAAAAAACUCGAACAUUUCACGAUAUCCCUCUUGAGUUUCACCUCACUGCCCUGUUCAUUCAACUAUUUCAUUUGAUUUAACUUUUGGAAAAUUUUGAAAAUCACGACAUUCUCAUUGGUCUAAUUGUCUCAUUUUGUUGCGUCCGGUUACAACAACCUUCUUCCCCUCGCGUGAAAUCAGAAGUCAAGGGAAUUUCGUCUCCACAAACCUUAGAAGCCAAAAUCUAUAGUGUCCAGUCCUAUUUUUCAGUCUUUGUAGAAGAAUUGACUGAUGGAAACAUGAGCAUUAAACAAAGAAACAGACAAAUGGAGAAGUAUAGAGGAUACGUAUACUAAAUCAAAAUAGCCUCCAUCAGUAACUGUGACACCAACCUAACGAUAAUAUUAAUGACGAUAGCGGUAAUGACGACGACAAUCUGUUCUUACGACGAAUUGUCUUUCAUUUUUCAGGAAACCAAAUUUUGAAGACAUUCUAAUGGCUAUUUUUUAAGGAAAAGGAGUUAGCCAAGAGAUGAGUUGUGAUAAAUAGUCAGUUGAGGACGUUUUGAUGAUCGUCUUUCUCUGCAAAUACUAUCUUCAAGGAACGCAAUAUAUUUUAAGUACAUUAUCUUAGUAGCGAAUGUAUUUAAUUAUUUCAGAAGAACGUUCCUUCGCAUGAGCAGGUUUUGUCAUGUCUUGGAUGGGUCUGCUUUCCAGCUAGUAUUGGGGCUUAGCUCAAAUUAGAUAUACUGCUACUGACAGGCUGAUGUCAUAUGCUUCUAUCAGCCACUGCUAUCAAACGUCCAGAGGAAUUGCAAGUGCUGAGCAUACAGUGUACCUAGCUAGUAACGCGUUCGUUUAAGCGUUUGUCACACAUUUAAACCUUGUUUACAGUUUUUUUUCCUAUUUUUUAAAGUGGUUUGCUUCUUACUUGGACAAAGAUGAAUUUUCGAACCGGUUUUUUUUCUUAAAAAGGCUGUGACGGAGAUUCCAAAAAGAGCUUCUGAUCCCGAGCAUGGUUUCAAGUAAAGAAUCAAAAAGAAAACAUGAUUCAAACUGCUAACAGAUUAAAGCAGUCUAGAUCUCAUGUGGAUCCAGUAUUUCGAUAACUAUGUCAACCCGGGAAAAACUUAGCUUUUCAAGAUAUAAUUCUACUAGGUAGAACAUUGCAAUGUUACUACAACACCUUCAAUCCUAAUUUAAAAUCAGGUACAAAAUUAUCCUGAAUUAUUCGCUUAUUCAGUGUGUGGGUUGUUUAGGACUUUCGAUCACACAAUAUUGACUCAGCUGUAAACUUCCAAAAGGUAUUAUUUUUUAGGCUGUUAAUUAUAUAGCUUUUGCAAUUUCGCUUUGCUUAGAGGAAGCAGCAAACGAACAUCUAUAUGGCCCUUGGGUGUAGUUAAGUUAGUCUUACAAAAUUUUACCCGAUAAACUUCCUCACCGAUAACAAAAACAUUCGAAAUUGUAUUCUGAUUGACAAUUUCCUAAUUAGUGAAAUUGAUUCUGUUUAAAGGAUCAUUCCCUGUCAAUGAAAGGAACACAUUUUUUGGAGAAAGCACAUUCAAAACAACUGGACAAAAGUGUCUGGCGUCUUUGCAAAAUUAAAACAUUCUGAGAUGCCUUUAACCAUUACCAUCAUAUUCUGAUGCUUCUCAAAAAAUUAUAGCAGUAUGUUUCCACAUUAAUGUGAAACGAGGAGGUAUACAACAG